AUAAAGAGUAAAGCUUAUGUGUGAAUAGAGGCAGGACUUGAGGCUAGAAAGCAUCGUUUCUGUGCUUGAUUCGUCCACCUGGUUUAAUAGCUAGAGCUUGGCAUCAGGAAAUAAACAUCUAGACCUUGGAGAAAUUGAAGCUGAGAUCAGCAAUGUACACGAUGCGGCAUAGUAGGUAGUUGAACGUGAGAGUAGAGGAAGGGCUAGAACGGGAUCCCUCUUCGACUCAAUCAGGAAACUUGGGAGAAAGACAUUUUUAAUCUCGUACUGGUACUCUGCAUCUGGUGAUAUGUCGAGUAUAAGAAGGCAGUGGCCAGCUCGAGUAAACCACAUAACACUCCUGAACUCAUCAUCACAACCGCCUCUUAUUCAGUUUGCGACUCCGGCAUCUUCCUCACACGUCCCUGCUUCAUAAAUACCUGGACUUGUCUCUAGAUCUCAUCGUUUCUCGGUCUUCAACAUGAGACUGACAUCGAUCCUCGGCAUCUCUGCCGCCCUCAUUGGGUCUUCCCUCGGGACCACCCAGAUUCCUGGAUCUUGGUUUCACGAUGAUGAUGGAUUCGGCAAGGGCCAUAAAGCCGCGAUGGCCGCAGUGCCUAUGUUCCAUUUCGGCCGUCCCCACGGCUCCAACCCGUGCUACCCCGAGUCUGCGCAGAUAAACGGUAACCAGGUCAAUGGAAACGAUCCAGAUCUAGGGAACUGGGCAAACCUGGGCCGCGGCUGUGCAGACCCAGGAAAAUGGCUCAGCCCAAAGAGCGGCGGCCCGCUGCAGGGAAACCCCUUUCCAGUGUACUACACGGUCAACCAAUGCCAGGACCACGAGUUCCGCGUGACUUACAGUAUCUACUUCAAGCAUGACUCUGGACACAAGAGCGACUGGGAGGGUGUCACGGUGGUCUGGCAGGGCGACAACAAUAACAUGUGGACGAGGACCCGACUCAUGCUAGGCCAGCACGGCGGAUAUGACGUGAAGAACUGGGGUGAUAUCCAGAACACGUUCAACGAUAAAAAUGACCAAUCGACGAACGGCGCCAAGGGCCGUGAUCAUGCAAAGAUCUAUGUCGGCGCCUUUUAUCACGCCAUCUUCCACACUCGCAAGACAUCCAUCGACACCGCUGACCCUGCCGAUAAGCAAGCCGAGUUCCGUUCCAACGAUUGGUUCAUCUGGCCCUGGGACAGCUUGGUCCAGCCUGGCUCCCUUAUCAACCCCAACUGGGUCUGGGGAGAAGCCGACACGAACCCACCCACGCUUAGCAACCCCAGCAAGGGGCAGUACAUCUGCAAGCACUGAUGAGCGCCACGAGUAUGAGCACCUACACUUAACUAUGCGGAUAGUAAGUAUAGGUGAUAUAUACUAUUGCAUCACAUAUCUGGGGCUCGGAAAAGCUUUGAGAAGCGCGGCAUUGGAUAUUCGACUUGCUAUGACGUGUUUAUUCUAAGAGGAAAUAUGCUUGGACGGCUGCGAUAAUUCCUUAUGUGGCUUUCCCCCUUUUUCUUUCAUUUUCUUAUUUUCUUUCUUUCUUCCUCUUAUAAGUUACUUGGUGUAUUUGUUUGUAUAUAGGUUAAGGAGCAUUAUUAGAGAUAUAUACAUAUAGUGUUGGUGAUAACUUGCAUAGCUAUCGAAGACACAUGAAGUU